AUGAGACAAUUGAAAUACCACGAACAAAAGCUUUUGAAGAAGGUCGACUUUCUUCAAUGGAAGAAAGAAGACAAUAUUCGCGAAAUCAAAGUGAUUCGACGAUACCAUUUACAGCAACGAGAAGACUAUCACAAAUAUAACAAACUUGCAGGAAACAUCAAACAACUAGCCAACAAAAUCUCGCUUUUGGAUUCACGAGAUCCAUUCCGGACAGAACAAGAAAAGGCACUUCUCGACAAACUCUAUUCCAUGGGCAUUAUCACCUCGACCAGCAAAUUUAGCGAUUGUAACAAAGUCACCGUCUCUGCCUUUUGCCGGAGGCGACUGCCCAUUGUCAUGUGUCGUUUAAAGAUGGCAGAAACAGUCAAAGAAGCAGUUACGUUUGUGGAACAAGGCCAUGUUCGUGUUGGACCUCAAACGAUCACAGACUCAGCUUUUCUCGUCACUCGAACAAUGGAGGAUUUCGUCACCUGGGUGGAUACUUCCAAGAUCAAGAGAAAGAUCAUGAAGUACAACGACAAGUUGGAUGAUUUCGAUCUGCUGUAA